AUGGUUGAAGCGAUGGUGAGUUUAGAGGUUUUUAAUUUGAGUCUCUUGAACUUUAUAUGUUCUUCUUAAGGCUCACGUGGUUUUUGAUUAUGGUAAUUCUAGAUUUAAAUGAGGAAUAAAAGGACUAAUGGUUGAUGCUAAUAUGAUAACCAAUGCGUAAUGGAUUACUGUUGAAAUUCUUGAAUAACACCUUAGGUGUGAGAAAACUUUUUAACUUUUAGCUCAAGUUGUAAUAUGCCUGGCCUUAAUGGGAGAGGUGCGUGCCCAACAAGGUCUUAGAUGGUGGUGUUUGCUCUCUUGAACUUAAUCUUUACGCGAGAGCAGAGCAUAAAGCAGGUUGUAGAACAUGAAGAAGCCAUCCCCAAAAUAAUAAUCAAAUUGGAACAAUUUUUAGCUAAAGAGGAUUCUCUGCUAGUAGCAGAGGCAAAGAGGGUUCUCACUUUCGGAUUUCGCCUUUUACUUUUCUCCUCUUUCUGCUUCUUUUGGACUCUUCGCACUCCUUUAUGCCUCCUUGGUUUCUUCUAAUGCGUUUUGGCUCGUAAUAGCCCACCAUAUGCCAAAACUUUUCUUUGCUUCAGGCGAAAGAAAAGAAGAGCCGAGAGGCUUCCUUCUGGCAAUUGCUGCCUCCUCCACAUUUUGAUUUAUAGUCAUUAGCAUGUGCAUACCGAAUUAUAACAUACUUUGAGUAAGCAAGAAUCUUUUUUCUGGGUCUCAGUGAGGAGAAAUCCUUAAUACAUAUAUGACUCAGAAAUUUGGGGUUUGGGUACUGUUAACUAUUUCAUAGGAGUUGUAGUUUCAAGGUUGAGAGAGGAAAAGAAAGAUCAUGGCCGGAGCUGCACCGCCGCCCAAGCAAGAGGAGCUGCAGCCACAUCCUGUCAAAGACCAGCUUCCCAACGUUUCCUACUGCAUUACCAGUCCUCCUCCUUGGCCUGAGGCCAUACUUCUCGGAUUCCAACACUACCUUGUAAUGCUAGGCACGACGGUUCUGAUUCCUUCCAAUCUUGUUCCCCAGAUGGGAGGAGGAAAUGAAGAGAAAGCAAAAGUGAUUCAGACACUGCUGUUUGUUGCUGGCUUGAACACAUUCAUGCAGACACUGUUUGGGACCAGAUUACCUGCUGUGAUUGGAGGGUCUUACACUUUUGUGCCUACUACACUUUCAAUCAUCUUGGCUGGUCGAUAUAGUGACAUUUUAGAUCCAGUGGAGAAAUUUAAGAGGAUAAUGCGAGGUAUCCAGGGAGCCCUUAUCGUUGCCUCUGCUCUUCAGAUUAUAUUGGGAUUUAGUGGCCUUUGGCGUAAUGUUGCAAGGUUUUUGAGUCCACUAUCUGCUGUCCCAUUAGUAGCUCUGACUGGAUUCGGGCUAUAUGAGUUUGGGUUUCCUCUGCUUGCCAAAUGUGUGGAGAUUGGAUUGCCCCAGAUUAUCUUUCUAGUCAUCUUUUCACAGUAUAUACCACAUCUAAUGAAGGGACAGGGGCAUGUCUUUGACCGCUUUGCGGUUAUAUUCUCGGUUAUUAUUGUGUGGAUCUAUGCUCACCUACUGACUGUGUGUGGUGCAUAUAAGAACACCUCCACAAAAACUCAAUUAAGCUGCCGAACAGAUCGUGCUGGAAUUAUAGGUGCUGCUCCAUGGAUAGAUGUCCCAUAUCCAUUUCAGUGGGGAGCUCCCACAUUUGAUGCUGGAGAAGCUUUUGCUAUGAUGGCUGCUUCAUUUGUUGCUCUCGUAGAGUCAACUGGAGCCUUCAUUGCUGUGUCGAGGUACGCCGGUGCAACUCCUCUGCCACCUUCUGUUCUCAGCCGUGGUGUUGGUUGGCAGGGAGUCGGCAUAUUGUUCUCUGGAAUGUUUGGAACUGGGAAUGGUUCAUCAGUAUCCGUUGAAAAUGCUGGUCUGCUGGCUUUGACACGUGUUGGCAGCAGAAGGGUGGUGCAGAUAUCUGCUGGCUUCAUGAUAUUCUUCUCCAUACUUGGGAAAUUUGGAGCUAUUUUUGCUUCAAUUCCGGCACCAAUUGUUGCAGCCUUGUAUUGCCUUUUCUUCGCUUAUGUAGGAGCUGGAGGUCUUAGUUUCCUACAGUUCUGCAACUUAAACAGCUUCCGGACAAAGUUCAUCCUAGGAUUCUCAAUGUUCAUGGGUUUAUCGAUCCCACAGUAUUUCAAUGAGUAUACGGCAGUGAAUGGUUUCGGCCCUGUCCACACUGGAGCAAGAUCGUUCAAUGACAUGAUCAAUGUGCCUUUCUCAUCCGAGCCAUUCGUUGCUGGCUUGUUGGCGCUACUUUUGGACGUCGCCUUGCACCGGAAAGACAACGUGACCAGGAAGGACAGGGGCAUGUAUUGGUGGGAUAGGUUCCGGUCCUUCAGGACAGAUACGAGAAGCGACGAAUUCUACUCACUGCCCUUUAAUCUCAACAAGUUCUUCCCAUCAGUGUAGACCAGUUUUAGCGUUUGGUCAAGCCAUGCUAGCAGCUAAGCUCCUUCAUUGUCUUGUGCGUACACUUCUCCUGAACAUUCACACCAUCUCUUUCUGCUUCUUUUUGCGGCUUCCUGCUCAGUGACAAAGUGUAGUUUAGCACAGUGACGGCAUCUUACUAAUGUAAUGUGGUUUUGGGUUAAACGCCACGGAUUUGGUGCAUUAGUUUGUAGUAAUUCUGUUGCUUAUUUCUGAACUUAUAAAAAAAAUUGAAAAAUGCUAUUUGUACUCCUUAUGCUACACUUUCGAUUACAUAAUGCAACUAAAAUGAUAAAAAUACCCCACACCCAAUGUGGUGAGACAAGGUUGUGAGGUAUAAAGGGUAUUUUAGUCA